AUGGGCCAACGAGAGGAACUCAAGGCUCGCAUAGCAGCUCUAGCCGGGGACAUCAAGCAGCGCAAGAUAGACCUCGGCACUUCUGGAGGAGCGACAAUCCCACAGGUUAUCGGCAAUACCGGAGUGCAGCGCACGCAACAGACCGCAGUCCCAACUAGGUCCAAAACUCAAGAGAGACGUUGGGCCACGUACUAUACGGUCGACCGGCGUUCACAGAAGCAAUUAGCACAGAAGGAGUCAGUGCAACUAUUAGCAACUGGAGAAGAUGAAUCAGUCGCCGAUAUCUUCAUCGACAAUCCAUAUCUAGAGCAGGAUCCACGCGCUCCCCUGCUUUCUUACGAUAGCCAUAAUGAAGAGGUGGAGGGCGCAGGAGCAUCAAUAGCGGACGUCUUCUUCGAACAUCCGAACCUUGAAUGGGAUCCCGGGGACAUGGGCUCACUACUAGUUGUCAACGACUAUGCAGACGCGAGAGGUGAGCGUGAUGGCGAAUGUGACGAGUUCACGGUGUAUGCCAAUCCCACUACAGCCAAGCGACGGCAAUUCAGAAAGCGCAGGCGGGUCUAA